AUUCGUCGAGGAAAGAUGCGAAGAAUCGGUCGGAAACUACGGCUGUGAAAGAGAUCAAGCCGUUCACAUCCGGACGAAUGAGGCGAAGUUUCAGUGCAACGGUCGCCGAUGAGCUGACGCUGACCAAAGGCUCUAAAGUGAAGGCAGUGUAUCGUGAAGAUGACUGGCUCUACGUGCAUUCGUCCGAUGGUCAACACGGUUUCGUCCCUCAGACAUACUGUACUCUAACAGUGGAUCGCAAGCAAA